GCCAAAAAAGCAUGUGAGUGGCUUCGAACAACAGGAUUUCCUCAGUAUGCUCAGCUUUUCGACGAAGGUUCGUUCCCUCUGGAUAUCGGCUCUGUGAAGAAGGACCACAGUUUCCUGGACGAGGACUCUCUGGGUGCUCUGUGCAGGAGGCUGAUGACCUUGAACAACUAUGCCUCGAUGAAACUGGGGGUUCAUUUUCAGUGCAAGCAGAAUGAAGAUUCAGAUGAGGAAGAGCAGUAUACCAUAAGCAACCACUGGGCCUUCCAGCAAGAAAACAAGCGCUGGUCUCUUGUGGGCUCCUCUCAUCUGCUGUCCCCACCAAGUCCAAGCCUGCCAAUUACUUCAAGCUGUGAGAAUGUCCUCACUGAACUUAGCACAAUCUCCCUGCCAGCCAUCACUGUGAGCUUGCUGCCUGAACCAAUAGAUGUGUCCCUAUUAGAUUGUGCCCCCAGUCAAAGGGACCAGCCCUUCUUCAGCCCCACCCAAGAUCAGGAGGGUCUUCAGAACAAAGUCAAGAAGCACCGCUCCAGUUGCUUCCUCAAGCACCUUGAGACUCUUAGGAAGAAGGAAAAAAGUGACAACCGACAAGCAGAGCCCAAGGGUAACCCAACCACCUCAGGAAAGACCACCAAAGCUUCGUCUUUCCGCAGUUGCCGUGACUUCUUUUCAGCUGGAUUCUACAGGGCUAAGAACCAGAUAGUUACAUCAACCUGUGGUGGUAGCACUGAGACUCAGAGAGCCUGGCCUGUGGCCUCAUCCCAGCAUCCUCAGCAGGCACACCAGUGUGACAGCUUGGUGAAUGUGUCUACAGACCACAAGCCAGGCACAUUCCCUCGCUCCCUAUCCAUUGAGAGCCUGUGUCCUGAGGAUGGACACUGCCUGGCAGGUUGGAAGUCAGGAGGGCACUGGCAUUAUGAAGGGCACCGUGGCUCCUAUGGCUCAACAGGCAGCCAUGCCAGCACCUAUGACAAUUUGCCCAAGCUGUACCAAGCUGAGUCUGUGCUGGUUGGGGCCAAGGCUGAAGAUGAGGAGAAUGAGGGCAACUAUGCUCACCUAGAUGAUAUCCUCCAGCAUGUUUGGGAUUUGCAGCAGCAGGUAGAACUGUGGUCUCAAGCCAUGUACUCAGAACUGGGGCCUGGCAAGAAGAAAGAGGAAGGAGAUGAAGAAGAAGAGAAAGCUACUUUAUCAGUGGGAAUAGCUACAGUUAAGGUUGAAAACCAGGCUGAAGAUUUGGCCCAAGCACAAGAAGAUCUGGUUCAAGCACAAGAAGAGUUCCCAGCCCAGGUCCAGGCAGAUUCUCAGACAGUCUCAACUCAGACUCAGGCUUCAGCUGAGACUGAGGUCCUGGCACAGGCACAGGUAGAGGCUAAGGUCCACACCUCAGCCCAGGACAAUGAACAGAAGAUAAAUUCAAGCAGGGAACCCAUCUCUGCCUCUAGCCUAUCUGAGAAAGACAGACACUCCAUUUCUGACACUGUGGCUUCCUCCAGUGAACUUGACAGUAGCAGGAAUGCCAUGAAUGAGACCAAAGCAGGGGGAUGUGCAGAUGGGCUCCAGGCAACAGAGCCCCAUGAACGGCGUGAUUCAGGAGUUGGGGCCUCACUUACCAGACCCUGCAGGAAACUUCGUUGGCACAGCUUCCAGAACUCCCACCGUCCUAGCCUCAACUCGGAGUCACUGGAGAUUAACCGCCAGUUUGCCAGCCAGAUCAACCUGUUGCAUAAAGGCUCAUUACUACGGCUCACUGCCUUCAUGGAGAAGUACACUGUGCCCCACAAGCAGGGAUGGGUUUGGACAGUGCCCAAAUUCAUGAAAAGGAACAAAAUCCCAGACUACCGAGGCCAGCAUGUAUUUGGAGUGCCACCCCUCAUCCAUAUGCAGCGUACAGGUCAGCCAUUGCCACAGAGCAUUCAGCAAGCCAUGCGCUACUUGCGCAGUCAGUGCCUGGACCAGGUUGGCAUCUUCCGGAAGUCUGGGGUGAAGUCCAGGAUCCAGAACCUGCGUCAAAUGAAUGAGACCUCCCCAGAUAAUGUCUGCUAUGAGGGUCAGUCAGCAUAUGAUGUGGCUGACCUGCUGAAGCAGUAUUUCCGGGACCUGCCUGAGCCCAUCUUUACUAGCAAGCUCACGACCACUUUCCUGCAGAUCUACCAGUUACUCCCUAAGGAUCAAUGGCUAGCAGCUGCACAAGCUGCCACCUUGCUGCUGCCUGAUGAGAACCGAGAGGUGCUACAGACCCUGCUCUACUUCCUGAGUGAUAUUGCUUUGGCUGAGGAAAACCAAAUGACAGCUGGCAACCUGGCAGUGUGCUUGGCACCCUCUAUCUUCCACCUCAGUGUCUCCAAGAAGGAUAGCACUUUGCCCAGGAUCAAAAGCAAACACAAGCUGGUUGGUCAGCCAGGCCCUAGGGAUCUGAGUGAGAAUAUGGCUGCCACCCAGGGUCUGUCACACAUGAUCAGUGAUUGCAAGAAACUGUUCCAGGUGCCCCAAGAUAUGGUGUUGCAACUGUGUGGCUCCUACAGUGCAGCUGAGCUCAGUCCUCCUGGCCCUGCCUUGGCUGAGUUGCGACGGGUCCGAGCCUCUGGAAUUAGCCUGAGCCUCUACAUGGAGGAGAGUAUCCAGGAGCUGCUGUGUGAUGCUGCUGAACGUUUCAAGGGUUGGAUGAGUAUGCCAGGGCCCCAGCACACCGAGCUAGCUUGCAGAAAGGCACCAGAUGGGCACCCCUUGCGUAUGUGGAAGGCAUCCACGGAGGUGGCAGCCCCUCCAGCUGUGGUGCUACAUCGUGUUCUGCGGGAGAGGGCCCUUUGGGAUGAGGACCUGCUGCGGGCCCAAGUUCUGGAAGCCCUGAUGCCGGGUGUGGAGCUGUACCACUACGUUACUGAUAGCAUGGCACCCCAUCCCUGCCGCGAUUUUGUGGUGCUCCGGAUGUGGCGCUCAGAUCUACCUCGUGGAGGAUGCCUGCUUGUCUCCCACUCACUGGAUCCUGAGCAACCUGUGCCAGAAUCAGGGGUGCGGGCCUUGAUGCUCACUUCCCAGUACCUUAUGGAGCCCUGCGGCCUGGGCCACUCCAGGCUCACUCACGUCUGUCGUGCUGACCUUAGGGGCCGUUCUCUUGACUGGUACAACAAAGUCUUUGGGCACCUGUGUGCCAUGGAAGUGGCAAAGAUCCGGGACUCCUUCCCCACCCUGCAGGCAGGUGGCCCUGAGACAAAGCUGUGA